AUGGAAUCUCCUCUAGUGAUCGCGAUUAUAUUAAUUUUAACUUUUGCAUCAGUCAAUUCAAUAGCCAUUGAUGAUUUUCAUUGUAAAGUCCCAACAUGUCGAGAUUUUCAUUAUGGUUUGAUAAAACAUCCGCAACAUAAACAUUAUGUUGAUGUAUGUUAUGAUACUGUAUAUGCUUUACAAAGUAUUCCAGCUAAAUACGGUAAAUGUAUUGAUAACAAGACAGGAAAACUACAUCCACCUUGUAUUUAUGCUUUGGCUAAUACAAUAAAAGGUUGUAUUAAUGAAUUGAAGGAAUUACCUGAAAACAUAGCUAAAUUUUAUUGUGGAUAUACACUUAUGAAAUAUUGUGCAGUACAUGUUGGCCUUGAUCACAUUCCGCUUAAAUUAGAUUAUAAGAUAUAG